GUUGUGUGAGCAGAAGGCAUGCUGGGCAGCCCGUCCAAUAACGGCGGUGUGAAGAUGCUCGCUCCUCACGCCACCGACGACGACAGGCGCGUGGAGUUCGUGGCGCUUGCGGCUGUAAGCACCGAGCCUCCGAGUCCUGAGCGCGCGCAGCCCUCGCAGCGCACCGGCCUGCUCGGGACCCCGUUCCCUGCGCCCCCCGGACCCCGAGCCGCCGCGUCCACCUCCAGCAAGCGCUACCGCAAGAUCCAGAACUGCCUCUAUAACGUGCUGGAGAGACCCAGAGGAUGCGCGUUCAUCUACCAUGCGUUCAUUUUCCUGCUGGUGUUCAGCUGUCUGGUGCUGUCUGUCUUCUCCACCAUUCCCACUCAUCAGGAAACUGCCAACCAGGGCCUCUUCCUCUUGGAAUUUGUGAUGAUUGUGGUGUUUGGCUUAGAGUACGUUGUGAGGGUAUGGGCAGCUGGCUGCUGCUGUCGCUACAGAGGAUGGCAGGGUCGUCUCCGUUUCGCUAGAAAACCCUUCUGCGUUAUAGACUUUAUUGUGUUUGUGGCGUCAGUGGCUGUGAUAGCGGCAGGAACGCAGGGGAACAUCUUUGCCACGUCGGCUCUACGCAGCAUGCGCUUCUUGCAGAUUCUGCGAAUGGUGCGCAUGGACCGCCGAGGUGGUACCUGGAAACUACUGGGCUCUGUAGUGUAUGCACACAGCAAGGAGCUAGUCACAGCGUGGUACAUUGGCUUCCUGGUACUGAUAUUUGCCUCAUUUUUGGUCUAUUUGGCUGAAAAGGACAUCAACACCGAGUUCUCUACCUAUGCAGACUCCCUCUGGUGGGGAACUAUAACGCUCACCACAAUUGGCUACGGUGAUAAGACUCCACACACAUGGCUCGGUCGGCUUCUAGCAGCUGGCUUUGCCCUGUUGGGGGUCUCCUUUUUUGCCCUGCCUGCAGGAAUCCUCGGUUCAGGUUUUGCACUGAAGGUGCAGGAGCAGCACAGACAGAAACACUUUGAGAAGAGGAGAACUCCAGCAGCCAACCUUAUACAGGCUGCAUGGCGUCUCUAUUCUACAGAUGAUCGUCAUUCAUAUCUCACAGCUACCUGGUAUUUCUAUGACAGUAUGCUCCCAUCCUUCAGUGGGAAGAUUGGGUUUCGUGAUCGCAUUAAGAUGAACAGUUCCCGCUCCACUCAGGCAAUCCGGAGUAAAGCUUCUUCUCCUGUUCCACCGGGGAGUGUACGCCAAUCACCAAGCAAUGAGAACAUGCCAGAAGCCACCAGUCCCACUAAGGUGCAGAAAAGCUGGAGUUUCAAUGAUCGAACCCGCUUUCGGACUUCUUUACGGUUGAAAGUGCGCCCUUCCACAGAUGUGGAGGGACUUGGGGAAGAAAACACAGAGGACAAGUCAUACUGUGAUGUUGCUGUAGAGGAUGUCAUACCAGCAGUGAAGACCCUGAUUCGAGCAGUUAGAAUACUAAAGUUUUUGGUUGCCAAGCGCAAGUUUAAAGAAACACUACGACCAUAUGAUGUGAAGGAUGUGAUUGAGCAGUAUUCAGCUGGACACCUGGAUAUGCUGGGCAGAAUUAAGAGCUUGCAGAUAAGGGUAGAUCAGAUUAUAGGCCGUGGUGCUCUUCUGCCUGAUAAAAGAGGAAGGACAGAAAAAGGUGAAAAGACUCCUCCGGAACUGGAUCCACUGGACGAGCUGAGCAUGAUGGGACGUGUAGUUAAGGUGGAAAAACAGGUGCAGUCCAUUGAGAACAAGCUGGACCUGCUGCUGAACGUUUAUUCUCAGUGCCUAAAAAAGGGCUCGUCCCAUUUCACACUGUCCUCCUUACUGGAGCCUGACCUCACCUCUGACUACCACAGUCCCACCGAUCAGCGAGAGCUCUUCCCCUCUGCCAACACACUUAACAUCUCCCAUUCAGAUAGUGGCCACAUGGAGUGAGCUCUGCAGAGAGCAAGAGGACGAUGAGUUGGUACUGCAGCCACAGGACACGCAGCCAGGAGCUUCAAGUCUCACAUGACGAAUCCUGAAAAACCCUUCUUACAGCCUUUCAAAUGCUCCAGCCAUUAUUACAUUCUGACAUGGCGUUGCCUACCUCUACACUGCUGUAUGACUUUAAAAUGUUUUAUGACUUGAGUCUGCACCAUUAUCAGUACUAGAUGUUUGUUCCUCUUGUUUCUAAAUCCAGUAUUUGUCCCAUAACAUACACCUCAUAUUUGAU